GUCCCAUUGAAGGAUUCCACACUUCCAAAUCGGGGAACUAUAUUACGUACAUCGAGUGUAAAACCUAAGAGCCCUUCACGGCUCACGCUCGCAGCUCAACGUCAUGGGUGCCAUGAAGCGACAGUGGGGUUUGAUAUCUUUGACAGAGGAAGUUCCUCACGCUUGUCUCAAACCUCCGGGCAUAAGAAGAGAUCUAGGAUGCCGGUCCCAGUCGGAAAUAGGAAUGGACAAUAG